AUGUGCUGUUUUAAGCUUCCCAACGAUGCGCAUCUUCUACGAUUCCUUCGUGCCUGUGACUUUGACACGGUAAAAGCAAGGGAGAUGGUAAUGAACAGCAUCAUCUGGCGCAAGCAGCACAACGUGGACAAGAUUCUUUCGACGUACGAAGAGCCGACGAUUUUCAGGGAAUACUUUCCAGGCACAUGGAAUCACUUCGAUAAAGAAGGAAGACCUCUUUAUGUAUUACGUUUCGGGUUGAUCGACAUCAAAGGCUUGUUUAAGGCGGUAGGCGAAGAGAGUAUCGUUAAAUUCGUUUUAUCGCUGUGCGAGCAGGGCUUGAAGAAAACGUCUGAAGCUACCGCCACCUUUGGCAAACCUAUCAGCACGUGGACGCUUUUGGUCGACCUCGAAGGGCUCAGUCUGAGGCAUCUAUGGAGGCCCGGAAUUCGCACGCUGUUAAACAUAAUUGAAGUGGUGGAGGCGAACUACCCGGAGACUAUGGGUUUGGUGCUGAUAGUCAGGGCGCCGUGGGCUUUUCCAGUGCUGUGGUCAGUGGUCAGUUCUUUUAUAAACGAAAAAACGGCGCAGAAGUUCAUGAUUUACGGUGGAAACGACUACGUCGAGGGGCUGCGAUCAUACAUCGACGAGAAACGCAUACCACACUUCUUGCAGGGCGAUUGCUGCUUGAAGAUUCCAGAUGGCGGCAUCGUACCAAAAUCUUCAUACAGGUCUGACAUCAUCGAACACAAUACAGAGAGUAUCCUGGCGUCCUUGUACCAUACGGGUUAUGCGUACAAAGCGCUUCCGCUUGAGGCAAGUUUUAAUUUGCACAACCAAGUUUUAAUCCCGGUGAACGAAAUCGAUUGCGUGAUCACGUGGGAUUUUGACGUCGUCAAAUCGACUUGUCUUUUCAAUGUAUACUUUACGCCGCGAAUCGUCCAACCGGAAUCCGUCCAGAACCCGCCGAGCGCGUUGUCGACUUUGAGUCCAAGCGGAUUCAUGGCUACAAGCGGCAUCGGCGGAAAUCGUCCCGCCCUGUUCGACCGCAACGCCGAGUUAGGCAUCGACUUGUUCCUGGAAGAAAAGUGUCAGUCAUGUGAAGAAGGAUCAUCUGUCCAGGGAUCUCAUAUAUGCCAGCGCACAGGCACCUACGUGCUACAGUGGAGGUUGCCGGACUCCUUGCAUGGUGCUCAGCUUCCGUUCGAUUUUUCCAUUCCGCUUACGCACCGAUGUAAAGUUAUGUAUUACUAUGAAGUACUGGACUCGUGCAAUUACAAGGGGUCUCUCGCCAGCAUAGCUUCUUCACUUUCCAGUUUCAACUCGCUCAGCGCCCGAACCGCAAGUCAGAAGUCAUUGAACGUGAUACAAGACGGGUCACCGGUGAAUGUGGAGGUUGGUUCGUGA